UAGAACGCUUGUCUUUGGAAACCAAUUUCUAUUUUGUCGAACUGAAGAAUGGAAGCAGAGGAGAUAGCGGAGGAGCUGCAAGACGUUGAGGUUGAGAUUCAAGACGUUGAAGACCAGAUAAGGGCUUUGCUGGAGAGGCAAGAGAAGUUGUAUGAGAGGCAAUCGGAACUGACAGCUUUGCUGGAAACAUGCCCUGUAGCUGUAAAACAUGACUCCGCUCGAACCACCGUGCAAGUGGAAGACUGGUCAGGACCAUUUGACUGGGAUUCUCGAGCCGAUGAUAUUAGGUUCAAUGUUUUCGGCAUUUCUUCAUAUCGUCCAAAUCAGCGAGAGAUCAUAAAUGCAGUGAUGAGUGGAAGAGAUGUUCUGGUGAUUAUGGCUGCAGGUGGUGGCAAGAGCCUUUGCUACCAGCUUCCCGCGAUCCUUCGUCAAGGAAUUGCUCUUGUUGUCAGUCCUUUGCUUUCUUUAAUUCAAGAUCAGGUAAUGGGUUUGACUGCCUCAGGCAUUCCAGCAUUCAUGCUCACAUCUACUACAAAUAAGGAAGAUGAGAAGUUCAUAUACAAAGCCUUGGAGAAAGGCGAAGGAGACAUCAAAUUGCUGUAUGUCACACCUGAGAAAAUUUCCAAGAGCAAGAGAUUUAUGUCCAAGCUUGAAAAAUGCUACCACGCUGCUCGUCUCUCUCUUAUUUCUAUUGAUGAGGCUCAUUGCUGUAGUCAAUGGGGUCAUGAUUUUCGCCCUGACUACAAAAAUCUUGGUAUACUCAAAACUCAGUUUCCAAAUGUACCUGUAGUGGCUUUGACAGCAACUGCUACACUGAAAGUCCAGAAUGAUCUGAUGGAGAUGCUGCGUGUUCCAAAAUGCUUAAAGUUUGUCAGCACUGUCAACCGGCCAAAUCUGUUUUAUAUGGUUCGAGAAAAGUCAUCUGUUGGAAAAGUGGUUAUUGAUGAAAUCACUGAAUAUAUAAAGGAAUCUUAUCCAAAUAAUGAAUCUGGCAUAGUUUAUUGCUUUUCCAGAAAGGAGUGUGAACAGGUUGCAAGUGAGUUAUGUGAGAGAGGAAUAUCAGCUGGUUAUUACCAUGCAGACAUGGAUGUAAAUGCUCGCGAGAAAGUUCACAUGAAAUGGAGCAAAAACAAAUUGCAGGUCAUUGUUGGUACAGUUGCAUUUGGCAUGGGAAUCAACAAACCCGAUGUCAGGUUUGUCAUCCAUCACAGCCUGAGUAAAUCAAUGGAAACAUAUUACCAGGAAAGUGGCCGAGCUGGCAGAGAUGGACUCCCUUCUGAGUGCCUAAUAUUUUUUAGGCCAGCUGAUGUUCCUAGGCAGAGUUCCAUGGUAUUCUAUGAGAAAUCUGGAUUGCAGAACCUUUAUGACAUAGUACGAUAUUGUCAGUCUAAAAGACAAUGUCGCCGAGGUGCCUUUUUCCAGCAUUUUGCAGAGCCAUUACAAGAGUGCAAUGGGAUGUGUGACAGCUGUGUAUUCUCAAGUGAGGUUAAAGAAGUGGACGCUUCAUGUCAAGCAAAACUUAUGAUUUCUCUGGUACAUGAUAUGCAAGAGAACAAUCAAAGAGUGACAAUGCUGCAAUUGGUGGACAGAGUGAAAAAUAAGCAGAAGCAACUAGACUUAAAACUAAAGAGGGAAGAACUGGAACAGCUUGUAGUACAGCUUAUACUAGAUCGUGUUUUGAAGGAAGAUUUUCAGCAUACAGCUUAUGCUACAAAUGCUUACAUUACAGUAGGAACCUCAGCAAACCAAAUUUUGCAAGGGAAAAAAAUUGUUAAGAUGGAGGUUGCUGGCAGAUCGAAGGUUAUGGACAGUUACAGGAAAUCAAUUAAACAUGGUGUCACAUCUGGUUUGGAGUUUAAGCUAGAUGAGCUGAGGAAGGAACUUGCUUCUUCCCACAAUGGGGAAAUAUUCCCUCAUUCUGUCUUGUCAGGUCAACAGAUCAGCAUCAUAAGUACCAAAAAACCAAGUUCAACCGAAGAGUUGGAGAUGAUUAUUGGAAAGUUAAAGACAGAGAAGUAUGGGGAUAGAAUUCUUGGAGAAGUCAAGAAGUAUGGUAUUGCUGAGCAGCUAAAUGAUAAUGUGUUGGAAGAAGAACAAGGCACUGAAAAAAGACCUAGGAAGAAGCUGAAGACGAAAGAGGAAGUAGUUGUUCUCACUGAGAGCAGUAACGAUGAAUGAUAAAUUUCUUCUUGUGAUUUCUCACAAGGCUGCUUAUAGCUGAAGAUGUUGUCUACAGCUUUGUAACCAAAUCGGUUGUUUGGUUGAUGGAAGAGAAUAGCUAAUUGGAAUUUCUGUCGUAGAUUCAAUCUUCUUAUGUUAGAGUCCUAGAAAAUGAGAGAAAACACUUAAAAAGUUUAAUGGGUCAUAACAUCGUUAUUUGCCAAAGUUUUGCUGGGCGGGGUUUUUUCUUUAUAUUGGGAACCCACGCCCACUCGCUCAAGGAUUAAGAUCAGAAAUCUGCAUUUGUCAUCGUCAGUGGAGUUGGAGAAUAUUAGAAUAAUAAUCUUUUGUUUUUGUCUAUUUAUUCUUA